AUGCGGGCUCGACCGGGUCACCCACCUGCGCCCUGCCCCGCCUCCGGUCUUCUUGACUCUGUCUUGACACCGUGUCCAGGUGAACAGUGGGAAAGGGGGAGUGCAGCAGAUGCUGAGCAAGUCUACUAUCUCUAUAAAAUAAUUCAUGUUUGAGUCAUCAUCCCUGCUCUCACACUGCUGUGGGAUACACCGUGGACAUCGUCGGAAAUGAAAUUUGAGCUGUCGUGUGUAAAUGUGUGUGUAUCUUUCUUUCUCUUCCCUCUACCAGCAACUUGCCUGGGUCACGCAGAUUGGAAACGAAAAGAUACACAGUGACCGAUUUGAUGCUAAACUUCCGUCUACCACCAGACGAACGUAGCCAUGGCCUUGUUUAAGACCCAGCGCCAACACCGUAGUCCGGUUACCAGGCGUCAUAGGUCUGCGCGUCCCAUUUUUGAUCCAACGCAGUCCGUUUUGGGAGGACACUGUCCGCCACACAUUUCGAGGUCUCGCUUAAGGCCAUGCAAAAACGGCCUUUCCCCGGCCCUCCAGUUUGGAAUGCAGUUCGCUGGGCAGAAUAACUUAAAAUCGAUCGGCAUGAGGCCGGCCAACACGACUGCCACUUUAAAUUAAAUUUCUGAUCGAUUAAGUGCAUUUUACGCUUUGACAAUGAAGAGCCGACCCAGCUCUUUGAAACGUCAGCACUUAAAUAAACCUCUUCCGGAGAGCCUGUCUUCGUCUUCAAUUAAAAUAGGUCCACUUUUAACUGUACGUUUUAUUUUGCUACGCCUUAGGCAGGCACCUUUGACAUUUAUGAUGACCCAUUGGUCUUAACAUUUGCAUAAUGCCUCGAUCUGUCUUAUUAGUUGUCCUCGAAACGCCGUUUUCCCACCAGGUCCUUGCAACUGGCGACUUAACUCUUGCUGGUGUCAUUUGCAAAGCAAGUGCGUUUUGUCCGUUUCUUCGUCUCUCCUCCCCCCCCCCGCCCCCCAGCGCAGACGGCAAGUUAGCAGGCGAUUUCAUGUCAUAAGUCCCUUAACUGGCUAGUAUUAAGUGAGCCUAUUUGGUAUGUAAUGCCUACUAAACUGCCGGUCAAAUAUGCUUAUGUAGCCGCACCUGAGGUAAACAAACCUCAGCCGCCUGUAAUAUGGGAUGCCUGGUAAUAGGGGUUUUUACAGGUGGGGCCAGGGAGCGCAUAGACGACGAAGCCAAGUGACUUUAUGCAAAAGAAAAGCUAUUGGGAAUGCGCGGUUGUACUUUGAGUGGUGGAGGACUAAUUACUCUAACCCUUACUCCUAGCCCUAACCGCUAGCUCUAACCCCUAACUUGGAGGAGAUAGCUAAGAUUGGGGUUGGGGUUACUUUUAGAAGUUCGGAGAAAUGAACAAUUGGUCCUCGGGAAUUAGCCGCCUUCAGAGUGAUGGGAUUAGUUAUUCCCGUGUCCAAUCCAGAUAAGGCCCACGUACAGGCGCCCAGCCUCGCAUUCAAAGUGUCGGAAACUUGGAUUGUUGCUUUUCCAGCUGAGGACCAGUCCGUACGCAACCCAUGAGGUCGAAUUGCUUCAUACUCUGCGGUUUUUGACAUGCAUGUACAAAAGACUUUUCUCAGAUAAGUUCUGCAGAUGGUUACUUGAUUUAGUCGCCUAUUUUUUAACUAUUCUCGAAAGUUAUCUGGCGUGGCUGGGACAAUAGGGCCGCCUAAAAAUGCCCCCCCCCCACCCUGCCAACGCACAGGGUAUGUGGAUUUUAGCAGCCUUCGUCACAGUUACUCCGUGAGGUUCUCCGAAAUAUAUUUAUGAAUCGGGGACUUUCUGACCAACUGCUCAGGAUGUUCCCGUAAACAUUUCUGUGAAGCAAGUGUUGAAAAUGAAAUUAGCACCUCUAGGGCCGUAAAGUGUUUUGUCAUAUGAAAAUGGAGUUGAUAGAUUAAAUGACGGCAGAUAAGCCGGAAAUUGUCUUUCCAGUGUCCUGUGCAGGCUUCUCGAGAGCUUAGGAUACAUUAUCAAAUAAGUGACAAGACCUUAUCAACUAGUUCGUAUCAUUUAUUGUAGUUCAUAAAGCGCAUGCACAGUAAUUCUGAUCGCCCAUAAUGGCCGAUCUGGGCCUAACUCUUUAUGCUUUUGGGUUGAAUUUUAGACGUGCCAACCACCACCACCACCACCACCACCACCACCACCACCACCACCACCACCACCACCACCACCACCACCACCGCCAACACCACCGACGGUUCGACUGUCGGAGCCGACGAUGCCCAUCGUGUACUCCGCAGCAGGUGAAACCAGGCACGACGUAAUUUCUUUUAUAGCGACUUCAGACUUGCGCAGCACUUACCUCACUGCCUUCUUUCCCAUAAGAACUGGGUGUCAAAGUAGCGUCACGAAGACCGGAGGCGGGAGAGUGCGCAGGUUGCUGACACGGCUAAAACCCGCACCUGGUCGCACCGCCACAUUCGCAGGUCCACGAGGUACACUGAUCAGGAUAUUAUGCAACAAGAAAAAGUGGUUUGGCUAGAAUCUCAGCUGGCGCGGUGUGCGCUGCACCUGGCGCUCCGCCACAUCCUUCUUGUUAACAUUUUUAUGGGUGCGCAUUCCCGAGAACGCCCGUUGGAGCCUAUCUAACCCCCGUGUUGGACCAGUGCGUUAACCAAGUGGCCCGUUUCAGGAGCGCAAUGCAACCGACCAGCCAAAAACACCGUCACAACCACUUGCACCACCACAACCACCACCAACAUUCGAAAAUGCAAGUACUUCUACUGCAAAUUCCCCAGUUUACAUUUAAUAAGCAGAAGACAUUUUGAUUAACCUUUACUUUUCUGUGGGACCGUCCUAUGCGUCAUUUUCGUUCAUCAUUGACUUUCACCUUGAAGACGGCUAACUAAAGUCUACCGCGUCACUGAGGUUCCUGAGGAUAUUCCACAGUCCGACAGUCGCGGACAAGGAUGUCCACCGUUUGACUAGUGGAGUAGACACAGCACCGGAGAGGCGGGCUUGCGCAACGUCUAUCGCGCUUUCCCUCUUUCUCUUCCCUCACUUACCGGAGGUGAGUGCAGACGCAGGCUGGACGGCAUCAGCGGACAAAGUUAUCUCAGCGAUCUCCCUUUCCUUUUCAUUAUUUAAUUCAUUACCGUCUGUGAUGUGGAAAGCUCGUAUGCUUGAGAACGACUGGCUUAGCACAUAAUGUUUGCUUGCACAGACCGCAAACCUGUGUCUGGGAGUGCGUACCCCUUGCAGUAGUCGGAUCUGCUAACGACUCCGCUUAUGGCAAUCCAGACUGGGUUGCAAAGUCCUAGCCCCUAGGAACGAAUCAUGUUAUAUUAUACAGUCUGACAUCCCCUCAAACCCUAGUUGGCGAUCCCUCGCACGCUCCAGUGAAUGUUUCCGCUCCAGCCGCCGUGACCAUCCUCCAAUUAAACACGACAGACCUUCCGACUACCCAGUAGAAGUCUUAUGGCAAAAACUGAACACACUCGUUUGUCGGGAAAAAUAGCGACAGAUCAAUUAGACCCCGCGCUAUCUUAUUUUCCAUCGUCAAUGGACAGCAUCCUACCGUCGGGUCGGGAAGACAAUCAAGCCACGGGCCCAGGGCACGUCCGGCUGACGGCAGUAGAGGAAUUAAGAACAAAUCCAGUCUCCGCUGCGCUUAUCGGUAGACACUUCGAUUGCUGACCGUUCUUCACCAAGCUACCCUAUGCGUGAGCCCUAGACCCGUAAUUUGCAUUGGAAAGAAAAUUAGAUUUUUCAGUGGGGUGACCCGAGGCAGUCUGAUUGUCAGUUGGCGAAAUUAACGGAGAAAGAUUGUCUAAUUAUUUACCUCACUGAAAACACGUGUAUUAGCUAAAAGCCCAGACACGCGUGUUUCGCGAUCUUGUGCCGCUGCCUGACGCAGCUGCGAGGGGUUCGGCUCGUCAGUGGGUCCCCCAGCUUUGCCCGUGUGUUUUCUGGUAUAUGAACUCCAGUUUCAACUUGCCUUGAUUAAUUUCCGAGGAAAUUGAUGCGCGAACUUGGAGUAACUCUUUCGAUACAGGCCUUUUCAGGCAAGGUCCGAAAUUUGAUAUGAAUAUUUGAGCUGAAAUCCAUCAGCUACUGCGGAAUAACCGCUUAAUAUUCACAAACCGCCAACAGGCAGCCAGUAGUAUAGCAUUGUGCAAUAAUUUACCGUACUAACAACACAGGUAUUAGCUAAAAGCCCAAACACGCGUGUUUCGCCGAUCUUGUGCCGCUGCCUGACGCAGCUGCGAGGGGUUCGGCUCGUCAGUGGGUCCCCCAGCUUUCCCCGUGUGUUUUCUGGUAUAUGAACUCCAGUUUCACUCUGCCUUGUUUAAUUUCCGAGGAAAUUAAGGUGUGAACUUGGAGCACAUCCUUCGGAAAAUACCUUCGGCGGUUUGUGAAUAUCAGACGGUUAUUUCGCAGUUGCUGAUGGAUUUCAGCUGAAAUAUUCUUAAGAAAUUUCGGGCCAUGUCUAAAAAGAUCUGUUCUAAUGGAUUUACUCCAAGUCCGAGCAUUAAUUUACUCGGAAAUUAAAGGAGGCAGAGGAAACUGGGGUUUAUAUACCAGAAAACACACGGAGAAGGCGGGGGGGCCGCUGAUGAGUCGAAUCCCUUGCAGCUGCGUCAGGCAGCGGCACAAGAUCGGCGAAACGCGCGUGUCUGGGCUUUUAGCUAAUACCUGUGUUGUCAGUACGGCAAAUAAUUACACAGUUGUAUAUUAACGGGGAACGUCGGCGAGAGUUCCGCUUUUGAUCUGUGCGUCAGCACCUACAUGAGUCUGGAGUAUUAUAGAAAGCUACGGGUAAUUGUUGUUUGUAGGUCUUGAAUUGCUCUCUAUAUCCUAUAUUUGUAAAUCAUAUUUUUAGGGUUUAAAGGCGUUUAUAAACACCUCGACGGCUUACACAGGCAACCUCAUUUUGACCAAUAAGCACACUGAACUUGUAGGAAAACGAGAUGGCUAACUCCCAGGCACGAUCAUUUACAAUGGCCCAAAAAAUCGUCAUACUGAACAAAAAUUACGAACAAAUAGCUGAAAAUUCGCUUACCUUUCAUGAGUACUCCAGUCUGAACGUUGUGGAUUAGUCGCUGCCAAGUCCUUCAAGAGUUCUCUGAAAUAUCAUCUAGGACUCCAGUAACCCCAAUUUCGUCACAGUAGCUUCACCAGAAGCAGAAUCCGUCUUCUCCGAACAAAUCUCAAAACCUCCUUCCCGCUGAGGAUAACCCGAAUCUGAAGGCGCAUUGGAUGUCACAAAAAAGGCAAAUUUGAGGAUCGGACACAGGAAUGUGGAACCCCGGUACUGCAGGUGACAUUGCACAAAAUUCCAGAAGGUACCUAUUCUCGUCUCCUAAUUUUAAUCUCACCCCUAGCCUCGACAUUAACCCUAACAUUAAUCUUUAACCCAGCAAGAUCUCAUUUUGUAGCCGUAUCUGUUAGGGGUUAGGGUUAGGCGUUAGGGGGCAGGGUGAGAGGUUAUGGUUAGAGGUUAAUGUUAGGGUUAGUGGUUAGGGGUUGGGUUUGGGGAUUAUGGGUUAGGGUUAAACCCCCUAUCACCACUGGUCCUAUAUGACAGUCAGCUUGGGCUUGUCUACUACAGGUACGUCUACGAAAUAAGAUCCGACCUUCAGCCCAUCUCCAACUCUCAUAAUCCUAACCCGAACCCGAACCCUCCCAACUCUUAUUUUUUUAGUCGUACCUGUUAGGAGUUAGGGUUAGGCAUUAGGGGUCAGGGUUAGGGGUUAUGGUUGGGGUUAGGGGUUAGAGGUUAAUGUUAGGGUUAGGGCUUGGGUUUAGGAGUUAAGGCUAGGGGUUGGGGUUAGGGUUGGGGGUUAUGAGUUAGGGUUAAACCCUCUAUUACCACUGGUCCCGUAUGACAGUCAGCUUCGGCUUGUCUACUACAGGUACGGCUACGAAAUAAGAUCCGACCUUCAACCCAUCUCCAACUCUCAUAACCCUAACCCGAACCUUCUCAACUCUAUGCCCAACCGUAACUCUGGCACUGACCCUAACCCUAGGCCCCUUGGAUUUUAGGACAACACUACCUGUAAUAAGGGGGUGGUGGACAUAUCGCCGUGCGCAGCCACUCUGGCGGACCUCCAGACGGAAAUAUUCGCAUUUUCGCCACCCAUAUCCAGAUGGCAUUUUGACCGCUGUUACCAACGUUGUUCACCGCCCUCUCAGAACAGGGUAGGGGCAGGGACGAUGACUUGUGCGUGAAUUAGUUCAUGGAUUACAGUGGACUUGUUCAGCAUCUUCCGCACCAUCUUCUCUUCCCCUACUUGGGCCCGGUGUCAUGACAGGCAGAAGAAGGUGCAGGUGGUCAGCAUGUCCAGAUAAGAUGAAAAAGGAACAGGGCAGAUCGUCACUGUAAUGAGGAAAGAGAGGUAUUCGCUUUAUUUUGAAAUCAUAUAUUUAAAAUCCUCAUCAAAAAUGGGCUCCAUUCACUGUGGACAGAAAAUGAGUUAAUACCACAAGAGUCAAAAUGUCUCACACAAAAUGAACGACCAUUAUGGGGGCAGUUCGAGUCCUAGCUUCUGUAUUUCUGUCUCUUCACGCGUAAGAUAGCGCGCCAGGAAUGGCAAUACAGAAUGUUGGUAUGCCAAGAGACAAGUUAAAAGCCACGGCAUAUAGGGCGGGAAGACUUCACAGAAACUAGUUCAGAAUGUAGGGGAUGGGCAACGUCAUCAAAGCGGGACUAAUGACAGGAAGACAAAAAAAGAAUAUGAGGUAGAAUACGGGCAACUAUGAAUCGUCAGAAUAAGGGCUGAGGUGUGUGGUAGGAGUGUAGACGGCGAAUGUGAAAAGAAUUUGACGAACUUUAGUGAGAAGGACUCAAUGUGGAGGGAAAAUGAAAAUACACUGAACUGAUUUUGGUUGUUCAUUAGGAGGCCAUUUUCCUGUGACCAUACUGAGACAUAGUCAAGGCCAUCCUUUAGAGACUGGAGAUGUGUCUGACUUGAGGGGGUAGCCAACAACCACAUCGUCAGCGUCAAAAUGCAGCGUUAAAAUGCUCUUUCAAGGCAAUGCCCCAGGGAAUCAGUAAAGAGACGAUUGACUCAGGCUUUCUUUGAUGGCGAAAUCCGGCUGCUCUUCCCUGCGAACUCAGCAAUGAGACUAGAAUACAUGGAAAGUUACAACUGCAUACUAAUGCAACGGGUAGAAAUCCCUUCAUUAGUCUCCCACUCCCCAGACUGGAGCACCAGUCAAGCGGGAAGGAUUUUAUUAAAAAGUACUGGCAGCUCUUGAAUGCUAUGUUGUUUGUUCCGAUGAAACUGGUAACUUUCAGUCCUAAUAUUCAUACCAACUUUCGGACUUGGACUGAAAAACUUUCCCUUGAGGGAUAAAGUUCAAGUUUGCACACUAAGUUCUGAGGAGAUUAGAGAGUUGAAAUUUCAAAAUUGUAGUAUCUUCCAGAAACCACUUGGGGAACGCGGAGGGGAUCAGCAACGAAGGCGAAAUUUCGAGUUCCAGGUGUAUGCAUAAGUGAAGAAGAAGAUUCGAGCACUGGAACACUUCGUUUAUUGCCCUGAGCUUUCAGACUCGUGCAGGAGUCCAUCGUUAGAGGUAGCAGCAGCAACAGAACAAACGACAGUUAUAAGGCAUGUAGGCCAAUCAUUGAUCGACGACGCAAGACUGAAGGUGACUACGCAGGUCUCUGUACGCCGGCGCCAGAUCGAUAAAUCGAUUGACCGAGUUCUCAUCCGAGGCCCAGGCCUCAAUCACUUCUCGGUCUGCGUGGGCGACUAUUUUGGUGGCUGCGAGUCGGCAAUGAACGAAACCCUCGGAUCUGUGUCAUUCAGCAGCAGAAAGUCGCCGUCUGUAUUCCUACCUUGUACCUGUACUUUCAAUGUGAUGAAUUACGCAGCAUAUGCAUACUACUGACUGUCCGUUGGGAGACGGGAAAUAUUACACGGUUAUCGCUGGUGGGGUUCGGCUCAGCUAUUCAUGUCAGCUUUCAAACUGAAUCCGAAACUGUUUAUUCUACACGAUUUACUCCAAGUUUGCGCAUUAACUCCUCAAAGAAAGAAAAAAGCUUAUUUUUUAAAGAAAAAUAUGAGAGAACAUCUGCCAGCAUGGCUAGGAAAAGGUGGAUCGAAAACGGCUGACAGUUCGGGCCUCGCCCACCUACUAGACAUUGGCCACCGUCUAAAUGCAAAUAAACCCUUUCAGGUAGUCCUUGGAGAAUAUCAGAACUAUCACAAGUCCUUGUGGCUGCGCUUACUUGCCCAUAAUCCAGUCUUCUGCUAGCAAAGCAUCUCGCACAGGGGCUGAGGUUGUCGUGGCCAGAAGGUAACUAUCCAAAGAUUCCAUUGCCGGAGGAUAAUUGCAGCACAUUGUUACCUGUGCUUCUUUCUCGUUUCGUCUGUGCCCCCUACACCAGCGAGGCCUUUAUGAACUGUCCAUAGCAAGCGAAAUAAUAAUUCCACCCCUUGCAAACUCUCUCUGAUCUGUUACGUAGCUGUACUGGCCCUAAGUGCGGAGGGCUCUGUAUGCGGGCGCCAAGUCGAUGCAUCGAUUGGCUGAGUUCUAAUCUGGCGACUCACAAACAUGGCUGUGCGUUAGCACUCUUCAAACGGGGUCCAGACCCACCGCCGCAGCCGCAAAAAAGCACGCGAUGACAGGCGUGGAAACUCCAUCGAUGGUCUGGCAUUUUCUACCGGCCACUAGGGGCACAUCAGAGGCGGCAGAGGCAUUGCUACUGGAAUUACGCACCAGCCGAAAGCUACCUCACGCAGAAGGAUGAUAAGAAUCAGUGAGUAGUCAAGUGCGGUGUAUUCCGUGCAUAAACCACUCUUGUAAGUACACAGGUCAGACUGGACGUAUGCCUGGAUCUCACUUGCCCGGACACAAGCUGGCAGUGCGAUUGGGUGACGAAUUACCACAAGUAACUGCCCACACAAUCGAAAUGGGCCAUGAACCUAACUUUGCAGCUACAAAAAUAAUCGCAGACGUCAGAAGCAAGACAAGUCAAGAAUUGCUUGAAUCAUGGGCCUCGAAAUAGAACGCAGUUAAUGGAUGUAUCAUUAGGAGCUAGUGUAACGAGCCCUGCGCAGUCGCCUGAAAACCUGCGACGCUAUUGUUUGUUUGAAUAACGCUCCCUAUAACCGCCGCUUUGGUUCUGCCGUUUUUAUCUCUGACGAUGGGCUCCUUCACUGGUUCGAAAGUUCAGAAAAAUAAACAAAUUAUCUUGGUGAUCGACCAGUUUUCUCCAACUACUCUUUAAAUAAUUUGCUGUACAUCUUUUUAGUCUACUUGUUGGCCUCUUCAAUUUCAAUUAACAAUCAUCAGGUAUUUUUCGGUUAAUUUGUGCGAUUUCUACUCUUGUUAUCAUCACGCGGUCGUUGUGAUCACUUCAGACCACAUAAACAUAAGUUAGCUCAUACCAUCAAUGUUUACUUUCAUUCGUUUGUCGUCUACAAUGUUUCCUCGCUCUCAAUUCGUCAAUCGGUUCGACAUCGCCUAAAACUGCUCCUCCACCUCUGCUGAGUCAGUCUGCGUGAGUAUCCGCCUAACGGUCUCUGUAUACUGGACGUUCAGCUUUCAUGGUAAAUUACUCUUCCAUUCAAAAUUUAGUCAAUGAAAGCCAGUAUUUUAACGUCCCUUACGAGGAGUACGAUUCUGCCAGAGUUACUGCAACCAACAUUAUACUGCACACGCAUCAGACGAGGAGGAGGAGGAGGAGGAGGACGACGACGACGACGACGACGACGACGAGGGGGAGGAGGAGCUCCUGCCUAGGCAGGGGUGGAAACUGCAAAACUCUUGAAUUGAUUGACUCUACAGAUAACAUGGACGCCCAAAACGUUUGUCAGUCAUUAAAUGUAUGUAGUCUAAUUAGUAAAACCAAAGCAGGCAAACUCAUCGCUGUUGAGUCACUCUCGGUGGAAAUUUAUCAGGCCCUGCUACCGCCUACAGUUGUUUUGUAUUUAGUGAAGUAAACGCCGCUGACUAAACGUUAAAAACGUCUUCUGUCGCAUUAGUAGAAAUGUUGCCCUAAAGAUGAAACUAAUUGUAGCCGCACUCAUGGCCUCAUAUCUACAAGAAAAGGCCGUUGGAAGCACGAGAGAUUUACCUGAUGUGAAUCGCUAUAUCCCAUUUACCGUUCUGGCCAAAUGCAGCCAUUACACCAAAAGACGUAGACUUGUCCACUUUGUGAGACUUUCAAGAAGUUGUAUUUCACUCCAAAUCAAAAUUGAUCACCAGUCAAUAUAUUAUUUUUCAAAUUCCUCUAAGACGACUCAAACCCUUUUAUCCCUGCUCAUUAUACUUUUCAGUUAUUUCUCAGUCGCCUGUAAGUAGUUAUGGGCGGCAUAGAAAGACUUCUGUGUCACAGUAUUGCCUGGAUCAAUCACUUGGGUACAGAGUUCUGAGAACAUUUUGAGGGCUAGAAGGAAGCCGCUCCACGAACUCAUUAUUUGUUCUGCCACGGAGGGAAAACACACCUUUAAUCUGGUUUAGGAACUCCUGUGAACAGAGCCUGCGUAUUUGAGGCGUAAUUGCCUGCAAUAAAUUUUUCCAUGGUAUAAAAACUGAGUUGGAAACGCUCCACGCGGGUCCGGGCAAAUGACAUCUAGGAAGAGAGGGCCGUUUACCCUCCAAAAGCUGGGUGGUUAAGUUGUUGCCUUUGCCUUUGUUCAGGACAAUUAUAGGACUCUGUUGUUUGAGUUGCGGCCUUAAAGCCCUGCAUUUGGAUGAAUAAAGGCUUUCUUUUCCCCAGAUGCCACCGUAUAUGACCAAACACAAGGUCUUUUUAACAUGAGUUUUUAUGGGUGGCAUCGAAUGAUUGUGCUUUAUUGUUUCCCAAAACUGUUACAGGUUUGGGUGUUCGUCCAGUUGGGGAAGGGGGUGGCGUGGUGGAGUGUCACCGUUCGAUCUUCUCAGGUGACAACAAUUGCAGUCUGCUUCUCACGGAGUGGAAGCAGCUGAGGGCAUUAUUUCGCAUUGGGGGCAGACUUGCGCAGCAUCUAUUGCACUCCCUCUCCUUCACCCAGCUGACUCUAGUGGUAAGGCAGAGACAGAACGGCCGGGAGUGUGUUCAGUGACUGGUGAAUUUAAACAGUCGAAUUACGCGUGCUACAUACGACCUGGCCUUCAAUGCAUGUACCAGGCCGCUGUAAAAACGGCUCGGAUAUCACAAGCGUGAGAGUGUCAUGAAAGUCACAUUAAAAACUAACCACUGCAGCCCUGAGAAGGACCAAAUUGUCCCGGUAGUUGACGAUCUUCCAAGCCACGACUUUUAUCAUAUAGCGAUAGAUUCGAGCGCGACAGAUUUGUGACGGCGAGCAGUGAUGGUGGUGAUGAUGAUGACGACGACGACUACGAUGGUUGUGGUGGCGGUGGCGGCGGCGGCGGCGGCGGUGAUGGAAAUGACGACGACAAUGAUGGCGAUGAUGGUGAUGGCUGUGGUAGUAAUGGUGGUGGCAGCGGCGGCGGUGGUGGUGGUGGACCCUCUAAUGCCGUCUUCACUCUCUUUUCCCCUCCCCAUUGCACCCGUCGACUCCCUGAGUUUCACAACCUGCUGGUGAUGGGACUGUGUGCACUGUACAACCGAAUAUGCGUGUUCCAGGAAUUAGUCGAUCAGAAGAAGAAGAAGAAGCGAUCGCUGGAACAAGGGCUUUACUCGCCUAACGUUUCGGAUUCUCACUUGAACCCACCAUCAGAGGCAGCAGCAGAAAAGGGUGAUUCGUGCACAGGAAGUUACAGUAUUUAUAGGAUGCAGUCGCGAUGCCACCGCAUACCUAUAGCAAUUAACCACGCUCCGCUUCAUCAAGGAUUGUAGCCCGCUGGUGCGAUAACUGCUUAAUGGCCGGCAUGCAAGUUGUUAAUUGCCGAAAUGUCAUCACCCAUGUUGGAUGCUGGCGUGAUGAUUGCUCGGCCAUCUGGUUCACCGGCUUGCGCGCUCCCCCAGUGGUCAAGUACCAUGGCCAGCCUAUGCCUUAGCACGGAAUAUGGCGUAGGGAUGUCUUUGCACUUGCUGAUAGACUGAGGUCCCGUGAACCAUGACUCUAGCAACUUGCGGCUCACGCGAUUAUCCCCUCUCGCGAGAAUUGCGGCCUCAUCAAACUUGAAUAUGUGGCCGGGUCUCGUUGAAUGGGGCGCGACCUGAGAGUUGGCGUCAUUCCUCCGUACCGCUGCCGCGUGUUCGGCAAUUCGCGUUCGGAGCAGCCUUCCAGUUUCUCUGACGUAGUUGCUUUGUCCGCAACUGCACCAGAUCCGGUAAACGACUCCAGAUGGUUUUUGCCGUGGCAGUGGGUCCUUUGGUCUCAUCAGGUUGUGAUGAUGAUGAUGACGAUGACGAUGAUGACGAUGAUGAUGAUGAUGAUGAUGAUGAUGAUGAUGAUGAUGAUGAUGAUGAUGAUGAUGAUGAUGAUGAUGAUGAUGAUGAUGAUGAUGAUGAUGAUGAUGAUGAUGAUGAUGAUGAUGAUGAUGAUGAUGAUGAUGGUGAUGAUGAUGAUGAUCGUGGACCCUCUAAGGCCGCCUUCACUCUCUUUUCCCUUCCCAAUGCACCAGUCGACUGCCUGAGUUUGACAACCGGCUGGCGAUGGGAUUGUGUGCACUGUUUGACGUGGUUUGGAGGCCUGCGUCCAAGGCGCACCACCACAUGUGCACGUACGGUAGUAGUUAUGAUCUUGCGCGGAUUCAGCGCAGUCAGGAUAAACGCGGGUCGUGAACCAGUCUGA